ACAGUCACAUUCGUGCUUGUAUUCCGGUCAGGUUCACGUGAAGUGACCCCAGCCACAUGUCCGCAGUACAGAGCUAGAGUAUACCGUAGCCGAGGAGAACCAUAAUAAUACAUGUACAUUAUACUUGCGGAGUGAACCAGUCAUCUCGUCACAGCAAUACACCAUUCGGCUUCCAGAGGUUAAAUGUCAUAUACCAUGAUGCGCAUUGGGAAAAAAGCCCUCUUUAAAUUUGGAGUCUUCUCUGUCACGUUGUUUCUCAUGGGUCUGGCUGCUGUAUCAAUACUCUCACCGAAGAGGGCACUCGUCACAAAACCCAAGACUUUUGUCGAAUUACGCAUCGAUCCUGUGGUACCUCAAGACAAGGCUUCCAGAAGGCAUGGAGAGAGAUAUGCACCUCGAAGACAGGCUCAAGGACUAGGUCCCAACAAGUAUCUCGCUCAAAAUAUAUCUUGGGUGCACAAGAGUUUGCUAGGAAAGAGCAAGCACAAUAUAACAAUGGAGUUUAUACCAAAGGCAUCAAAUGGAAAUAAGGGCAACGCCUCGAAACUGUUGCGCGAAAACGCGUCAAAUCGCGUACGCGAAAGCGCCGAGAUGAAAGUACGUCAGAAGCAAGAAGAGAUCCGUCGCGUUCGUAAUCAGUUGCAGAAUAAGAUCGGACGGCGGAAGGAAGAGAUUAAAAAACUAUCUUCAAUGACGUCACGUCACGUGGACGGGACAUGCAACCCCCAUGGCAACGUAGCCUACAUCAAAACGCAUAAGACCGCAUCAACAACGCUUCAAACCAUCAUCAACAGAUUCGGUUUGCUCAAUAGACUCUCGUUUGUCUUGAACAAGGUCAGUCCAACUAACGGACACUUGGUAUACAUUCCAGUUACCAAGCACAGUCCUCGAUACUUCUUUCUUCCGCCAUUAGGCGUAGGAAGCAACGACAUCUCUCAUUUUAAUUACAACAUGAUAGCUGUACAUUUGCGGUACAAUCGAUCCGCUAUGGACUCCUUCAUGUUGCCGGGAACCAAGUAUAUCAGCAUCAUCCGCGAACCCAGUGCGCACUUCGAAUCUGCGUUCAAUCACUUCCGGUUCACUGACAGUUUCUCUCCUGCCACGCGCUGUCGUGUCAAGGGUCAUGAGAUCGAAGAGUUCAUGCGUAGACCGGGAUACUACCGGCGACGACUGAAGACUCUCCAGUGGGACACUACCCGGGGACUGAGAUGGUACUACGCACGAAACAAUCAAAUCUUUGAUCUUGGGUUGGACUCAAAGUAUCACAAGGACGAGACAAUGGUCAACCAGACAGUUGAUGCACUCGUAAAGGAACUGGACCUAGUUCUGAUCAGCGAGUACUUUGACGAGUCUCUGGUCGUUCUCAAGAAAAUGCUUUGCUGGACUUUCGAUGACAUCAUUUACAUAUCGAAGAACCAGCGUCCAAAUCGUGUUGAUAUAGACUCGACCACUCGCCAGAAGAUUCGUGAAUGGAGCCAGGCGGAUACGAUCCUUUACGAACGAUUCAACGCCACACUGUGGCAGAAGAUCAAAGAUUACGGACCCAACUUCGAGCUUGACCUCGCCUCAUUUCGUAAAAGAAAAGACAGCGUAUUUCAAGAAUGUGCUGGGGAGAGUACAUACGUUCACAUGGGGUUUUUAAGCAUAAGGAGAUCCGCCCGAGCGCUAACUCCUCUCUCUUCUGCACCCUGGUCGCCGAGAGCAAAACUAGGCUCUUCCAUCGCGUAUGGAUGCGACAGGCGGGUGUCUGGAACGCGAAACUUAAAGCGUCUUACAGGGCAGGGUCGAGGAACAGGACCAAUGCUAAGCAAGCCAUGGCCAUGAAGCUAGCACAACAGAAAAGAACAGAUGGUAGAUUAGGACAAGGUAAUAACGGACACACCAAUGUGAAGAUGCCUCUCAAAGAAACGACUGGACAGAAGGAUAUUAGAGAAGAAGACAAUAAAGAGACGUCAAUCGUACCACAAGGUGAUGAUAAGAUUAGGAUAGAAUGUGCCAACAUCCCACCUGAAGUCAACAUAAACUUUGAAAGUUCCGAUGGGGAUGGACUUGUUUUCCCGGAAGAAAUUUAAGAAUGAAUGUCAAUAUGGCAUCAUUCCAUUUGCUAACUGUUUGACGUCCUUGAAAGACGCUACAGCCACAUUUGGUGUUCUUUUACACGAAUAGUGAAGAUCUUUGAAGCUCCUGCUCCGGCAAUAAUUUAGCUCGUGCAAUGCUCAUCACCUUCACAACCAGUCAAACUUGUUGCUAGUCAUGCUUCGUGCAAAGUUUCUCAAAAAGAGAACGUCCUAUCUUCGUGAUAGGGGGUAACAUAAUAGGGACUUUUAGAUUCUGCAUGACAAGGACGUCACUGCCAGUGCCUUAAAAGGACAAC